AUAUUCCAGAAGUUAUUUGUCACGGCUUUCCAAGGCCCCAAAAAUAAGCUGCUUGGUCUCUUGCAAAGGAAAAGGGGGGUUGAGUCGAGCGCUAGGCUCAGUUUUGGUUGUGACAGGCUGUCAUGUCGACUUGCAUGCUGCUCCUGUUGCUGUUACUCUCUUGGGUGCGCUGUAGUAUCAGUGACUCCCCCCACCACCAGCUGUGUGAAUAUCCCCUCUGAAUGGACCCGGCAGUCACCUGCCUGUCAUUUGCACUUGGACUCUGCACGAUCCAGACCUAAUGUAUGGAGCUUUGAGUGAACAAAUCUGAACAGAGAAGAAGUUUCCUUAUGUAUUUGGAAAACUCUGAGAAGAGAAACGUCUCUGAGGAAGAGGAGUCUUCAACAGAAGCGAUGAUAGGUGAACAAUGCCAGGUUUCUAAAAUAACAGAAGCUGAAGAUUUGAGCAGCCCUUCUAGGGACAGUGAACUGAACAUGAAGGUGUGUGUAGACUAUACCGAGCAGAAUGAUAACAGCACAGACUCUUUCUCUGAUUGCAACAUGAAAGAUGAGCUUGAGAACUUCACAUUUUGCAGCGGACUCUCUGAGAGCUUUGAAAGCGAAGAAUCGUUCGAAUCCGACCACACUGCUGAUAAGUGUGACACUUCGGGGUUAAGCCAACCAUUCGAUGAAUGUGCUCAACACUGUGAGUGUUUUAAACCUUGCAAGUCCUCUGGGCACUGCGCUAAUCAUAGCUUAGCUUCUGAAUGUAGCCCUUGCUGUGAACAUUGUGCCGAACACCUUCAGUUAUGUGAGCAAUGCAAGCCCUCUGAUCAGCAGUUUGAGUCUUUUGACUCAGAGCCAGAUCCUUUGGCUUCAAACUGUGAUAGUUUGGAGCAGUUUGAAAUGUCUGAUUUGAUGCCUGAAUGCACUGACGACCUCGAGUUGCUGCAGCAAUAUGAGACUUCUGAUCAGCAGUAUGAGGGCUUUGACUCUGGGCUAGAUGCAUCAAUAGAGGAGUCUGAGCUAUGUGAAUCGACAAACAUCUCUGCCUCUGUGGACUCGCUGGAUUGUAGCACUGACCUUUUUGAGUAUGAGGAAAUUCAAACUGAGAGCAAUGAAGAUAAUACAGAGGAUUUCGAGGAGGGUUAUCCACAGCAACAAGAGGACAGGCAAAUGCAAUCUAUCAAUGAAGAGUAUGCCGUUUAUCUUGAUGACAAUGCAAAUGAAUACAGGGAGGAAAACUCUCAGCUGGACAUCCCUGCAGAUGCAAAUGAAAUAUAUGAAACCGAAGACCCUGAAACAAGCCAAGAGUGCGAUCCGAACGAACAAUGUGAGACUUCAGAGAAGCACAACCCUGGCAAACCCUCAGAGUUGUACAGUGAAGAAGACUGCUCCUCAUAUUGCUCCUCUAUUGAAACCAAAUCCUUUAAUACUUGUCCUGAGUGCAGUAUUCCUUCAGAUCGCUGCUCCGUCUCAUCCGGGGAAUCUGAGAAAGAAACUCAGGAGGAUUCAGGUGAUGAGCAGCUGCAGUGGGAAUCCUUUGAAGAUGACGAAUACGUCGAGCAAAGUGAUGCUAACGAAAGCAGCAAGGUCAAAGAGAAGUCACCCGCUGCAGAUAUUGUCAUUGAGAAUUAUUUUGAUCUGUUUGACAGGGCAGACUAUUAUGGACAAGCUUUUGCACAAAAGCAACGUUACAUCUCCUGCUUUGAUGGAGGAGAUAUCCAUGACCGCUUAUUUUCUGAAGCAAUUCAGUCUGAGGUGCAAAGAUUCGACAGAUAUAAAAAGGACAAUGAAGAAACCCAAGCGCAGGAAACAGAUACAUAUAAUAAUGCUCCUGAGGAAGUGCAAGAGGAAACUUACCAAGAAGAAAGCCUGAUAGAUGAUAACUAUAUGGGGUCUAGUGAGUCAGAGAAACCACCAGAGGAUUGGAUAGUUGAACAGGAAUCAGAAUCAGAGGCCAUUUCUACAUGUGCAGAGGAAAGCGAUGAAGCAGAGGAAGAUGACGAAGCUUCUUCAUCAGAAAGUCGUGCGUCUGAAAACUCCAGUGAAGAAGAAUCUGAAAGGAGUAGUAUGUGUGCUCCAUGUGCAGACGACAUUUCUGUCGACGGUGAUGCUUAUGAAGAUCAAAAUUGUGAAUCUCCUGACCUGUCUACAGAUGAUCAGUCACCGACAGCUGCUGCUACUGAAAGUGACGAGGAAGACAACGACGAGCUUGAGCCAGAGGACAAUGUUUACAUUGACUGUUCAGAGAUGGAGCCAUAUUGGUACCUCAUAGAUCAGGAGGAAAAUGAAGAGUUUUAUGAGCCAGGGGUAGAGGAAUACUACCAGUAUCAGAUGAAAAGCAUUCAGUGGCAAGUUAAUGAAUUAAUCAGUGAAGAAAAAGCAAAAAUAAUGAGUUUAGUGUUCUUCUCUGAAGAGGAGAGAACGACAGAUGAAGAAUCAGAUGAAGACCCUGAAUUCAGAGAGAUUUCAAGAGAGUUAAAGCUUCCUUUAGAUCUGAUUCACAGCGUUAUAAAGAGCGAGGAGAAGGAUGCACACACUCAGCUCAGAAGGACUGAGGAGAACAAGGCCUCCGAGCAAAGCGAGGAUUCAGAAGAGGAGCAGACAGAUGACGAAUCCUCUGAGACUUGUGAAUGCGAGUACUGCAUUCCCCCAACAGAGCAGGUUCCAGCAAAACCGCUGCUCCCACGGAUGAAAUCCAACGAUGCAGGGAAAAUCUGUGUGGUCAUUGAUUUGGAUGAAACACUAGUGCAUAGUUCAUUUAAGCCAGUGAACAACGCUGAUUUUAUCAUUCCAGUGGAAAUCGAUGGAACAGUACACCAGGUGUACGUGUUAAAGAGACCCCAUGUUGACGAGUUCCUCAAGAGGAUGGGGGAAAUGUUCGAGUGUGUUUUGUUCACUGCGAGUUUAUCAAAGUAUGCAGAUCCUGUAUCAGACCUGUUGGACAAAUGGGGGGCUUUCCGAAGCCGUCUCUUCAGGGAGUCAUGUGUUUUCCACAAAGGGAACUACGUAAAAGACCUGAGCCGUUUAGGACGGGACCUCAACAAAGUCAUCAUCAUCGACAACUCGCCGGCCUCCUACAUCUUCCAUCCAGACAAUGCAGUUCCUGUUGCGUCCUGGUUUGACGACAUGUCAGACACUGAGCUCCUCGAUCUUAUCCCCUUCUUUGAGAGACUGAGUAAAGUAGACGACAUCUAUGAUAUUCUCCAGCAGCAGAGGACUUCAAGUUAACAGAGGCGGGACAGUAGGAUGAAUACGAUCACCAGCAGCUGUUGUCACGGGGCCACGGAGGCUGGUGGGCCAACGGCUCCACGCUGCUUCCAACUACAAGGACCACACUGCAAAAAAUGCCUGUCAUUAAGUCUCAUAUUCUAACUGUUUAUCACAUAAGAAGGUAAAAAAGUCAUGUGGGGAGGGUCUGGACUUCAGCAGUAGAAAGAAAGUAACAGGAAGCUGGUGUAACUGGGGAUAUGAGAUUCAAUGACCUCUGUAGAUUUCUUUUGCAGUGCAGCUAGUGUGUUGUUGUCAUAAUGCGACAGCAGUGACCUAUGUGAGUGUGCUGUAAGCCUAGAUUGUGUGAACAGUUAUUCAAUGCCAUUUUACAAAUGAACCACAUCAGUAAUUUUCACGUCAGUAUCAUGUAGCAUUUGUAACAGAAGCUCUAACACAGAGAGACAGUGAAUACUGCCCUUCAUUUAGUUUUCUUUGGCCUUAAAUGGCUGAAUGUGUGAGUAGUAAAUGACAAUCAUUAACACUAGAGACUUUAUUUUUGGAUUAAUAAUUCCUGUAACAUUUUGUGACGCAUUUAACUACAUAAUGAAUAUUUUUGAUCUUCACAAAGCUUUGAACAAAAAUGUGUCUGGAUGGAAUCAGACUCCAGAAACACAACAGAAACCGUCUUUUAGAUUAAAAAGAAACUGGAACAGUAAUCAUAAGAAGUCAUAUUUGAUUGGAUGUUGAUUCUAAUCUAAGAGAAAACAUAUACACUCUAAUCACUAAGCUCCGUAAUACUGGAUUCUAUUUCUUAUGUGUUUUAACCCUUUUAUGCUGUCUUUUAUCCAGUUCAGUCACAAUACAUCAUAACCUUAUUUUUAUAAAUCAACCUCAUAACUGCAUACUGACAUUUCUUUACAGAGAUUUGUUUGACAUAUGAUUGAAUUAGCUCUUCACUGUUCUUUUAUUUCACACGCACAUACCUACUCAUGCAAAAUGUUCAUAUUAUUUUUGUACAUACAGCAAACCUGGUUUUAUUUUGAUUUUCAUGUUAUUUUGAUUAAUUUUAUUUUGAACUUUUGAGUUUUUCGUUGAAUCUGCAACAACAGAGCCAUUUGUCAUAUGUACACUUAACGUGAAGGGGGGAGGCCUGAGCGUCCACAGCAACUUAAAGGGAAAUUUCCAGUCCCUUAAUUUCUUUUUUUCUAAAAACAUGUUUUAGAGUCUUGGUAUUGUUUUUAAUUGCUCCAGUUAACGACUUCAGCCAGCUGCAGGAAUAAGUUCACAAAAAGUUUUUUCCCCUCCAAUACAAUAUCAGUUGAAAUGAAAGCCUUUUUGCAUCUCUACAGAAUAGACCACUACAAAAAAAAAUGACAUUUGAAGUAUUAAAGGUAUUUUUUUAAGCAAAUGGGACAAUGAGUUAGCCCCCAAACUCUUUAAAAACAUCUGUAACAGCUGAGGUUCUUAUUUCAUGAUCCCUAUGGGUACAAAAUGCUUUCUAACAUCUUCUUUUGUUUGAAAAGUAAUUAUUUAUGCAAUUCUUCCCAUAUGAUAUUGGAUAAUUGAUAUCUUUAUUGAUAUCCUAAGCAUCAUAGGAGGAUGUAAAAACAUAAUCUUAGCCCCUUUAUUCUAGUUGAUUUGAUCAAUAAUUUCCCUACAGAAAUCAUAAGAUUGUCUUAAUUUACUAGUCGGUUUUUGAAGCGAAUGUACUGCAGAUAUGUUGUAAAUUACUCAUAAUUAAGCUUAGCAUUAGUUCACGCAGGACAUGGUGUUCAUACGCCCAGCUGUGAUCAGCUGUUAGCCAGCUGAUACCAGUUAUUUCCUCCCAGCUCACACAACUAAUCACAGCUCUUUCUCUUAACACAGUGGAAAAUAUGUAAGAAGUGCUUUUAUAUUCAAAUACACUGUACAUCCUUACUGGACAUACAUAAUUAAGCAGCAACAUCAUGCUCUACAUAACAAAUAUCUGGUGAUAAUUAUUGAUCACAGAAUCUUGUGAGAUUAAUUUCAUUAUCCCUCUUUUGAUUAAAAAAAUUAUUGGACCCUGACAGUAGAAAAAGGCUAUCUUUUUAGGAUUUUUGUUGUGUUCUAUCUUAGUUGACCGUGCUCCAGUUACUAGUUGAUCUUCCUCUGAGUCUCCAAGUUCAAAAAGUGUUUAAGACGAAGUGUCCUACCAGCAUCUCAGAGUUUUUGACUUCUGAGAUCAGAUAAAAAGCAGCAUAUUUUGUCAAACACAUAUGCCCUGUAAUAUCUUGUUGACUCCAUGACAGCCUGUCCUUUGGCUGCAUACUGAAGCAAUCUGCCCAUCGAUCCCUGUCUUCAUUUUGACUGCAAAUUAUUGAAAGAUACGUGGAAUUAAAAAUGCUGGAAUUUCCCUUUAAGUUGCCUGUUCUUUUAUUUGAAAGCGCACUUAUGAUCCAAUCAGUACUGUUUUAAAUUAGUUGCAGAUGUUGGAGUUAAAUGUAAAAGGCUCAUCGGCCCGUUUAUUCAGUUUCAGAGGGGAAACUUGAAGCAGACAUGAGUGUGUGCAUCUCUGUAUGUGUGAGGGUGUGUGCGUGUUUCAGCGUGAUUGUGCCUGCGUGAGUAUUUACAGUUUUAAGAUUUUAACUUCAACAUGUGAAAAGCGUAACCUGUCUUUAAAUAAUGAUUUAACUUUUUUUUACUGUAUGUAAGAAAAGUAUUAACGUUGUGACUCGAGUUUAACUGGUUCAUGUGAGUUUUUAAAAUUGCUGCUGAUUAAUGUUAAAAAAAAGACAACUAGAGAUAUUUUUACCUUGUGUCAAUAAAGCAUGUUUUAUUGAAACAGG